CCGCGCUCUCUGUCACUGCUGUGACCUUCAGCUUGGCGCGGCUGUUGCCGUCGUGCAGUCUCCACCAGUUGGCAUCACAGCACAAUUAAAAUGCGUGUUCAAAGCGACCUGUCACCGCGGCUGUUCGCCUGCUGCUUGGCACCCCGUAGUGCAGAGGGUGACAUCUAUGACUCCUCGCCAAGGGAGCCCAGGAGACGCACCCAACUCUAAGUUAUUCUUCUUGCUCUGCCAUGCUGCCCCCAAGUGCUGCCAGGCGGAUUGUUUCUUUAGCGCAGUUUUCCACUCUUAUAGACGUAAGGAUGCCCCCUGUGGUUAACACCAUGAGUGACAGGAGAUCAGAGACGCUGACCAGCUUAUGAGGAGUGUCAGUCCUCCCAUCUGUACAUCCCACCUGACCAUUAUUUGACCCUGUGCUCAAGACCCUACACUUGAAAUCAGAGUCACUUGGAACACUUCAAGCAGCCAGACAAUCGAAGAAAAUAAGACUGAAUGGAGGCUAAUCAUCGCCCGAAACUGCUGAAACAAAAGUAGCAAGAUGUUGCCACAGUUCACAAAUGCUCCACUGCACCAUUUAAAGCUGCAGUUAAUUUAAAACACUAAUAUUGUCAUUAGAGCAGCUGUUGUACAGACAGAAAAAGAGCAAAAAAAUAAAUAAAAUAAAAUCAACAGCAACCACUCAAAACGAGAUCAGCUAUGCUUUGCCUCAUAUUAUUCACUCUGCAAGCUGUCUGCAUCUGCGUGGCACAUGCCAUGCAACAUUACCCAGCAGCCUGGGGACACUAUGACGUGUGCAAGUCCCAGAUCUACACAGAAGAGGGCCUGGUGUGGGACUACAUGGCCUGUCAGCCGGAAGCCACCGACAUGACAAAGUACCUGCGAGUGACCCUCGACCCACCAAACAUCACGUGUGGAGAUCCGCCAGAAACGUACUGCGCUUUGGAGAAUCCAUAUAUGUGCAACAAUGAAUGUGAUGCCACCACUGAGGAGCUGGCCCAUCCUCCUGAGUUAAUGUUUGACUUUGAGGGUCGCAACCCAACUACAUUUUGGCAGUCCACUUCCUGGAAGAAAUACCCAAAGCCCCUGCAGGUUAACAUCACACUGUCAUGGAACAAGACAAUCGAGCUAACUGAUGACAUUGUGCUGACCUUUGAGUCAGGCCGACCAGAGCAGAUGGUCCUGGAAAAGUCACUUGAUUAUGGCUUGACCUGGACCCCUUACCAGUUCUAUGCCACUGACUGCCUAGAUGGUUUCACCAUGGAACCCAAGACAGUGGGCGAUCUCACCCAACGUACUCUGCUGGAUAUCAUCUGCACCGAGGACUACUCCCGAGGUUAUGUGUGGAAGAAUGAUAAGACAGUGCGUUUUGAAAUAAAGGACCGAUUUGCUCUGUUUGCUGGGCCUCGACUUCACAAUAUGGCCUCACUUUAUGGCCAGCUGGAUACCACCAAGAACCUGAGGGACUUCUUCACCAUCACUGAUCUGAGGAUUAGGCUGCUGAAACCUGCAACUGGAGCCACCAUGGUGGAUGAGAACAACCUCUCCAGAUAUUUCUAUGCCAUAUCUGACGUCAAGGUGCAGGGCAGGUGCAAGUGCAACCUCCAUGCCAAUAGCUGCGUGUUUGAUAAAGGGAAACUGGGCUGUGAGUGUGAACACAACACCACAGGACCAGACUGCAGCCGUUGCAAAAGGCACUACCAUGGAAGAGCCUGGAGUGUGGGUUCCUAUCUCCCUAUACCCAAAGGAACUGCAAAUAUAUGUAUUCCAAGUAAUCAUGGACCAGCACAUCGAGCAAAUGCGUCAUCUCUUGGUGUUGCAAAUCGUAACCAAGCACGAGUGUGUGACAACGCGAUGCUGCGCUGUCAGAAUGGCGGCACGUGCCACCACCAUCAGCGGUGCCACUGCUCCUCCGGAUUCACCGGCGUCCUGUGCGAGAGAGCUCGCUGCCAAGGCAACGGGGAAUGUGACAACCAGUCGUCCGGACUGGGGGCCUCUGUUGGCCGGCAACACGCUCUAUCUCUCAUAGUGUUCCCUUUGCUGAUCGUGUCCCUUUGCUGAGGGGCCGGGCCAGAUUCCAGUCCUCAAACAAAUCCCCCGGACCCUCAAACGUUGAGACUGAACUCACCCGACAGGAAGAACGUGGGACAACACAAGUAACUCUUUUGUAUCUCCAGAGGUGUGGGCAAAUUAUUGGUG